AUGGAAGGUUCAAACCACACCUAUCAGUACCUUUUGGAGGUCAUCAUAGACAAUGAAAACUUGAAGAGGCACAACAGCAGUCUGACAGUACAGAUGAACAAUCUGACUGAAGCCUACACUGUAUUAUCAAGCAACAUCACAAAUGUGAGCAGAGAAAACCAGCAGCUGAAGGCAGAAAACCAGUGGCUGAAGGCAGAAAACCAGCGGCUGAAGGCAGAAAACCAGCGGCUGAAGGCAGAAAACCAAAGUACUAUUAUUCCUACACCAAUCUUGACUGUGACACCACAAAACUGGACAACACUUACAACAGGACAGUGGAAUCAAUUUCAGUGGACUUUAAAUGGCUUCUACACCAGAAAAAAGAGAAAUUGUGAACCUUGUCAGACGGGCUGGUUUCACUUCCAGGCCAGCUGCUAUGCGAUUGGUAACCAGAGCACCUGGGAAGAAGCUCGAGAUGACUGCAGAAGCAAGAAGGCAGAUUUGGUUGUUAUAGAAAGUCCAGAUGAACAGGAAUUCAUCAGUAACAUCACUCGGGCAGGUCUGGGGACCAGUGGCUACUGGAUUGGCCUCAGAGCUGAAGCUGGCAGCUGGCAGUGGGUUAAUGGAAGUGAUCUGACUGAAGAUUUCUGGAUGCAACAACCUGCUGAUGGCCAUCAAUGUGUGAUUUCUGUCCAAGAGAGCAAUGGAUUGAAAGCUGUGAGCUGUGAUGUCAAGAAUGGAUGGAUCUGUGAGAAGAAAGCUUUGUCUAAGUUCUGAAUUGUUACUGGGUAGUCUGUACUGAUUUUUAUUACAUGUAUGGUAGUGUCAGCUGGCUUUACAGAUAUCAAAGAUUAGAUACAAAGAUAUUGGGCAUCUUGCAACAGCUCGUAUGAACAGAUUUGUCGCAAGUGAUUUGAAAGAAUUUGUGGCAUUCACCAAUUUUCUUGAACUUCACUCUGAGGUUUGAACUGAAUUCACGAGUGGUCCACUUAUGAUUUAGGAUAAGGAUAUGAAAAUGUCCUAACAUGAGGCCCAUUGACUUUGGAAUUUGCAGUUUUCUUUUCACCCAAUUUACAAUGCAAC